UGAAAACACGCACGUCGCUUGUCACAUGUCAGGUGAUGUGUGUUUCGGUGUGUUUGUGUUAUACAGAAUAUAGUGGGUGUGGUGCUUUUUAAACUGGUGUCAAUUAAUGUAGCAGUUGUAACAAUGGCUUCACGUUCUUUUGACUAUAUUACGUCACCAUUUGAAAACGUUUUCAGUUUUUUGGGAAGUUUGCCGCAAGGUCAUGAAAAGGCAGUGAAACAUGCUCUUUAUAAUGCAUUAGCCCUUUUCUUGUUAAUAAUAUUGAGUGCAACUGGUUGGGGAUUGUUUAUUAUUUUUGGUCCUUUCAUUAAACCUUUAGUGUGGGCCUUAUUGUGUGGUUCUGUACUCCAUCCUUUUAAACAUUCAUUGGCAACUGUGCUUCAUUCGUGGUUGCAAACCUUGGAAUCAUCUUCAACAUUAUUACUUUUUGGCAUUCUGAUGGUACCUGUGAAUAUUAUUGAUGAUAUCUCAGAGAAGCUAGGAGGGCAGCUUUCCAAACACAUGAAAACACUAGCUGUAAUUGCAGUUACUGCUGUUUUGCUACACUUGUUUUAUUUUUACACCCCACAUGUAUUCAUCUGCCUUAUUUGGCGUUUGGGGUUGUUUAGCAACGCAGCUCUAUCGUGGUUCAUAGGACACAUCAGUACAGCAAUUGUCAUGGGUGCUGUGAUUGGCUAUGUCAGUGUACUGGCAUUAUGGUGGCAGCCAAGGCUUUCAAAACCAUUCACAUAUGCUUCCUGUUUUAUCUGGAUUCUUGUGGCAUGCUGUGUGGCCAACAUGGCUAAUUCCUUCCAGGUGUCAAUUUUUUUCUUCAUCCAGGCCAUGUUUCUAGCAGGUUUUGUGGUGGAAGUAUGGCACGUCUAUGAGAAGAUGAAGGAUUCUGGGAAGUGUGUUUCAUACACUGAUGCUGUGAAGAUGGUUUUAAUGCUAAAAAAUGAAGCUAAGGAAAGUGAGUCUGAGCUGGGUAUUGCUGAUGAAGGAAGGGCAUAUAAGGCUGAAAUGGAAGUCAGUGAGCAUCAGUCCCAUGAACACGAAGAAGAACGUGCUGAAGCAUUAUCCAGUGGGCAGUUAGAGAAGAAGGGGCCGACACCUGUGUCUGAGGGAAAGAUUGAAGGCUCCUCUAUUGAUACCCAGAUGUCACAACCAGCUGCUCUUCCAUCGAGUUCUCAGCGCCGUAUCAGUGAACCAUCCCCAUUUGAGUCUCCCAGGAAUAUGGGUUCACGUGCAGCCCUAGGUCUCCUGAAGACCUUGCAGUGGCAGGAAGCAAGACACCAGCACAGCACUGACACCACCUACAGCCAGCCCAUGGGCAGCGACAAGUAUCUGUAUGGUGUUCUGUAUGGCUGUGUUCUCAUGCUCUUGUAUAAACAUAGCUGGUUUCUACAGCUCUGCCCUGUUCCCAUUUUUGUCUACAUAGUGAAGCAUACAGGGCAAUAUCUUGGUAUAUGGAGUCUCCUGAUGGAGCAGCUAGCAAAUCUGAAGUACCAUUUACAAACUUGGUGCAACACAAGACAGAAUGCCCUUUUCCCAGCACCACUUAAUGGGCUCUUGAAGCUUGGAGAAAAAAUGAAUGAGAAAGUGAUGGAGUCACUGAAAGAUUCAGUGAACUCAGCUGCCAGCAUUGUGGUGAUAUUUGGGAUCACCAUAAUCACUAUUUGUGCAUCCAUUUUACUGGCUGUUCAGGUGUAUGCUGAGGGCAUUCACUUGGUGUACAUGGGUGCCAGUGUCAUCAAUAGCACUGUGGUGCAGAAUUCGGAUAUGCUGGGUGUUGUUCCCGAGGACUGGCAGGAUACAAUGAAUGGUAUUCUGGACAACGCUUACACAUAUGGGCGAGAAGGAAUUUCAAAAAUGGUUCGUAGUUGGAUGAAAGAUGUGGAUGAUCAAAAGGCAGCAUUGCUAGAGAAACAAAUUCUGGAACUCUGGGACAGAGUGUACCAGGCCUGGCUGAUGUCUUCAACAGAGCCAUCUGUAGGCCCAACUGUAACUACAGGAGCAGUCUUCAGUAGCUGGAAUAAUUUCAUAGAUGGAAUGCAGAAGACACCAGAGCUUUUCAAUGUAAAUGCAAUGGUGACAUUUGCAAAGGAGAAUGUGGAAACAUUAAUGUCUGUGCUGGACUCUGUGUGGAGUAUCUUGAAGGGCAACUUGAGCCUUGCAUUCUAUUCAUUCACUGCACUGAUUGGUAUUGUGUUUGGUGGUGGCACUGCUGUUCUAAACUUCAUCCUUAACAUGGUGGUGUUCCUGACGGCACUGUUCUACCUUCUGAGCUCCAGUGGACAACUGUACAAACCUGUGGACUUGAUCACCAACUUCAGCCCCAACAUGGGAAACAGGUUUGCUACAGCCAUUGAGACAGCAGUAAUGGGUGUGUUUCGUGCCUCUUUCAAAAUGGCUGUGUUCUAUGGCCUUUGGACAUGGCUCAUUCACAACUUGUUUGAUGUUAAAGUGAUAUAUCUGCCAUCUGUGCUGGCAGCCACUUUGGCAGUUGUGCCUUUCCUGGGUACAUACUGGGCUUGCCUGCCAGCCUGUUUGGAUCUGUGGCUAGGCCAGCAGAAGGGGGUGCAAGCUGUGAUGCUGUUCAUGUUUCAGUUCCUGCCAUCCUCCUUGGUUGACACAGCCAUCUACAAAGAAAUUAAAGGAGGUGGACAUCCAUAUUUGACUGGCCUGUCAAUAGCAGGGGGAAUCUUCUGCCUUGGUGUAGAGGGUGCUAUUGUUGGACCACUCCUGCUGUGUGGCUUAUUUGUAGCUAUUAACAUGUCAAGCUCACUGAUGAAGGAGAGUCCAUCGGAAGCAACAUUCCCCGCCACACUCAGUAGCUUGUCUCUUAGCGAUCGCCUUUCUCACAUAAAUCGGUUGAAAAGGAUGGACACCGUGAUGUAGUUGGUUGGGCACUCCUUCACGCAUUCUAGCUGCUUGUUGCCACAUCUCCCAUUUCAGAUUUUCCAUGCAGCUUGGUGUAGCAAGACACAGUAAUUCUGUAAUGUCAAAGAGAUUUGCAUUAGCAUGAACUACUUCUCUUUCUACAAAGUUAUCUGACCCAAGUAAUUUGCACCGUUGUGUGUUAUUACACUUUAUGGUAAAAUAAGUACACAGUUAUUUUAGUUUAAACAGGCUGUACCUGUUGCAUUUAAAGAAAGAUGAAUCUUGUUUUUGUGAUAUGUGAAAGAAUUCUAAACUCAUUAUAGCAGGAUGUGAUAUGUAUUUGUCAGUGAGACAUGGACUAACAAUUAUUAUGCAUAGAUAAUGACUAAUCACAUUACUUGUUUCGCUUUUGGUACAAUGCAGAAUAAUUUUAUCUCAUUGUUAUAUUUUCUUCUGCUGUUAAGUCAUUGUUUUAUUUGGUUCUUAGGAAUGUUUGUAACAUGACCAUUGCCUGUAUUUAGUUACAGUAGUUAUCAUCUCUUUGCUUUCACCAAGGUUUAAGGAUUGGAAGUGCACAUAAAUCUUUGUGAUGACAGCUGCAAGGUAUCUCACAGGUGUCCUGGAGUUGAGUAGAAUUAAAUAUUAAUUUCAUUAAGUAGACAGUGCAUUUUCCAUUACUGCUGUAUCUCGUCAAAUAAAUGACACAAAGAAUUGUUCCUGCAUUGACAGGAUGUGCACUCACUGAAUGGUGUUAGUUCACUGCUGUGUGUACUCUUGUUGCAUAUUUUCAAUCUUGUUCAGUGUUGUGUGUGACAUUCUGGCAAAACGCGCACUAAUUUUGGCAACAUUCUCUAAAAUUGCUUACAUCCACCUCUCUAUCUGACAGUUGGCAGUUGUUUUCAGGAGAUGCCGCCAUUGUUGAAAGUGAAUUGCUGUGAAUAUGUACCCGGCACACACUGCCAGGUUGUCCAGAUUCCUAAGAUCUAAUGCUUGAAUCUCAUAUAUUAUAAUGUGUAGUUAACUUUUUAUGCAAAUUUAUAAUACUCAAGUUAUUAGUCUGUGACCUUUGAAAUAGGGACAUUUUACUGUUUGCUUUUAUAUUUUUCUAUAAAUAUCUAUGUAACAGUAAUGUCAGAGAUGAGAUGUAACUGAUUUGAAAAUGGGUUUCAAUUAUCCUUAUGUAGGUGUUAAUGGGGUGCUUCUGAGACACACUGAACUCCCUUGACGUGCAUGCAUACACACAAAUACAUGCAUUCAAAUGCAUGCACACAGCUGAGAAUCAGCAAUAUGAACUGCAGUCUUUACAUACCAAUUUUGCCUGGUAAUGGUUCAGUGCUUUAAUUUAUUUAUAAUGUGUACAUAUUGCUCAGCAUCUUGCAGAUCUUUUUUAAUUAUGCAGUGCAUUCCAAAUAUAUGCUGUGCAUCUGCAUAUGUAUCCACAGUAUCAUCACUCAGUGGCUCAUGAACAAGAAGUGUGAGCAUCCAGUGAUUUCAUUCUCCAGUGUUGGCAAUAGGUUGAUUAUAAAGUAAAAUAUAUUGAAAGAGCUGUGAAUAAAUCAGAAUGUUGUUCCUAGGGCUCUCACACUCACCUGCAAUAAUCACUUCUGCUCAAUAGAGUCUGGUGGGAAUACAGUUUCCUGCUUUGCUGGCUUUUACUCUUUUGAGCAGCAGUGUAGGUCAGCUGAAGUGGAGGUUCGUAUCAAAUUCAAGGAACCACAACAUAUUACCAUACUGAGGGUAAUGCCAGAUGAUCACCAUUCAUUCUAGUGUGUUUUUGUUUCUGUGAGUUUAAUUUUUCAUGUAAAUUGUGGACUUAAACUCCAGACUUUUGAAAUGGUGGUAGCUUGAGCUGGCUGGAAUUUAUUCAAAUUCCCACUGCUGAUGCACAUUUAAAUGCCUGUUGUUGCUCUGCAUUUAAAUGUCCGUUCCUGUUAGAGUGCUUGCACUGUAUUUGAAAAUGCUGUAUCUAAUACAAU